AUGGGCGACAAAGAAACAGAAAAGAAGCAAGAACAAGCCGCUCAACAGCAGCCACAACAAGAACAACCAAAGGAACACCACAAGACCGAGAAGGCCAAGGAGUUUGGUAAAAGAUUAGGUGAUUCCACCAUUUUUGGUGCCGGUGCUACAAUUGUGAUAGUCGUAGUCCUGGUUCGAAAGAUCGUCCAGGUCUCUAAUCCAGUCCUGUUGGGCAUGGGGUGGGAGCACCUGCAAGCCAAGUUUGCGAAGGUUGACCAACUCCAGCAGCAACAGACCUUCGUUGAGUCAGACGAUAGCGAUUUCUGGGACAUAAUGGCAAUGCGGGAGUUGUCGUCGUGUCUGAUUGUCUUGAGGAUGUUGUUGAACGGCUCGACGAUCCAGUUGUUCCAGAAUCCCAGAGUUGUUUCCACCAAAUUCAAUCUGAACCACUGUAAGAUGGCUUCUCUGUUCGAAACCAAGUCGUACACCAGAUUUGGGCCGUACAGAACAGCAGUCACGAUCGGGAGCCAGUACUUGACUAGGUUGCGAGGCUCCUGGUUAGCUGCUCGUUUUGCCUCGAGCUCGGUUUUAAACGACGGAAUAGUGUCACACAGCAGAGCAAGCGACUUCAACGAGGCGUCCAGUGACGUAUCGGACAAGUCUUUUGCCGAAACGGAGUAUAAGUUGGCUAGUUUCGGGAUGAACUCUGUGAUAUGA